AUGAGCGUCGUGAUGGAACCGGAUACAAGACCUAGAAUUUACAAAUCCUGUUUGAUUCGUGUUGGCGGGUUUCAAGAUGAGCACGAGGAGGAAGAUAACAUGGAAGAGAAAACGGAAGAGGAAGGGGCACCAGAGCAAAUGGAUGACAUUGAGGAGGAAGCAGAAGAAGGUGAAGUUGACGAGUACAUGCACAAUGUGGAAGCAAACGAGUUAGUUAAUUCGAUCAACCCGUCAUUUUGGGAAUUGCCCAUAGAGGAAGGAGCAGAGCCGCAACCAGAGCCACAGGAAGAGCAAGACCCGAUAAAGGGGAAACCGAAAGGGACGGCAAAAGGCAAGGGCAGGACAAGAGAGGCCAACGGCAACUCAAAUACCAAGGCCAAGAGCAAGAAAAAGGAGAAGGAAUCCGAAUCGGAAGAGAAAAGAGUCCCAGUACGUGUUUCGCAGAUGAUCAACAACAAGUCCAAGCAGAACACGGGCUCUUCCGCCUCGAUCGUGAAGAAGAAGCCUGCUACAACGUACGGGAAACGGAAGAACAACAACUUCAGCUUCAAAGCUUACGUGCACAAGCCGCCCCGCUACGUGCAGAAGCAGAUCGACCUGGCGAAAGAGGCCGGGGCUCAGCCCGUCGAAGAGGAGGAGGCGGAGGCGGAGGUGGAGGAAGAGGCAGAGGAAACGGUCGACUCGGAGUUCAGAACGCCCGAGCAGCAGCAGCAGCUGCCGCCCCUACACAACCAGCCCCCGGCCCAGAUGUACCCGGUCUCCAGACAGGAACAGAGAAUCCGAGAGGAGCUCGCCGAAGUGCAAGUCGCCCGGUCCUCUCCAAACAUCGAUUCCCCCAUGGACGACAGAGACGUCGCCCACGAUGUCCGGACCCCGAAGCCCGGGCAGUUUCAGCACAACGUUGCCUGCAUCCUCUCCUCAAGCGCUGUGGUCGAGCCCGAUGAGGAUAACGCUGGCCCAGAGCCCUCGUUCUCGGACGAGGCCACUAAGAUCGAGGAGCCCGGCAACGACCCUCAACACGCAGAGCACGCCGACCACGGACCCCCCGACCUCGGCAAGCUCAACAGAACGCUCGUCUUCAACAGCUUCGACACCGCCGACGACCCUAUAAAAAGCGUUCUUGCCCGCAUUGUCCACGAGACAGAGGCACGGGUCGCCGCCAUGGAGAGAGAGCUUGACGCCGAACACGAGGCUGUCCUGAGAGACGUGCAACUCCAUUACGAAAAGCUCAAGACCGAUGCCCGCAUCGAAAUUGCGCGGGAAAUCAACAAGGACUUCUUCUCCACCGGAUUACGUCAGCAGGGCACGCGCCACGGCCAUCAGAGGCCACCAGUAGCAGGCGGUGCACGGAUGGGCGACUGGCCAAUGAGAAACGAGUAUUAUGGCAUUAUUCCCCACUACGGCAGAGGAAGAGAGGGAGCGUAG